AUGACUAUCUCCACACAGGACGAGAUUUCCCCAGUACAGAAUCAGGAACAGAACCAUCAUCCUACACGAGCAACGCGCUCAAAGGCUGUUGAGUUCCUGAAAAACCAUGCUAACGAGGAGACUUCAUUUACGUAUGAGGAGGAGAAGGCUGUUCUCCGCCGCAUUGAUAAGCGUGUCCUGCUUCUCCUGCUAUGGGCGUAUUUCUUUCAACAACUGGACAAAAGCACUCUGGGUUAUGUCUCUAUCUUCGGCAUCUCCGAGGAUGCCCACCUAGUCGGCAAGCAAUACUCCUGGCUCGGAUCAAUCCUAUACCUCGCCCAGCUAGUAAUGCAACCCCUUGUGGCCCUAAUUCUCGUCAAACUCCCAAGCGGAAAAGUUCUCGCCAGCGCCAUUUUCCUCUGGGGCUCAGCACUGACAAUCAUGGCGGCCUGCACAGACUUCCCAUCUUUGUUAGGACUACGCUUCGUCCUCGGAUCAUUCGAAUCCUUCAUUGCCCCAUGCUGUGUCGCUAUAACACAGAUGUGGUGGCGUCGAAGCGAACAAACACUGCGCACGAGUUACUGGAGUGCCAUGAACGGCGUCACUGCAGUCAUUGGCAGUCUCGUUACUUACGGCCUUGGACAUGUCCAUAGUCAUACCCUAUACCGGUACCAGACUAUCUUCAUGUUUUGUGGAUUGUUGACGGUUGCUUAUUCGUUCCUUGUUUUCUGGCUUAUGCCUGAUUCGCCUAUGGAAGCUAAAUGCUUGAGUGACCGAGAGAGGGUUAUUGCUACAGAACGGUUGCGCGCGAAUCAGAUGGGUAUUUCCACUCAGGAAUGGCGGUGGGACCAUGUGAGAGAGGUUGCCCUUGAUCUCAAGACUUGGAUCUGGUUUAUUGCUACGAUUGCUAUCUCGAUUGCAAGUGGUGGAAUCUCGACGUUCGGUUCCCUUAUUGUCAAGUCAUUCGGAUUUACCAGCUUCCAGAGCAUAUUAUUCAACAUUCCUUUCGGUGUCAUUCAGGUUCUCGCUAUCUUGAUUACCGGAUGGCUAGCCACCUUGACUCAACGCAAAGGCCUCGUGAUCGCGGGCGUUAGUGUCUUGCCUACUAUCGGAACAAUCUUGAUGCUCACGGUCCCGCGGAAACAGAAGGGCGUCCUGCUAUUUGGCUACUAUCUGGUUUCCACAUUGGCCUCUAUCACCCCACUGCUAUAUGCAUGGUCAGCACAGAACACCGCAGGUGAAACCAAAAAGAAAUGUACUUCCGGCAUGGUAUUCAUCUCCAUGUGUGCUGGCAACGUGAUCGGACCGCUCCUCUACUCUACCGAAGAUGCCCCAUUAUACCGAACAGGUCUCAUCGCCAACCUCGCCAUGUUUGUGACAGUCGGAGCUGUCUGCGGGCUCACGCCGUUCUACCUUAUGAUCCUUAACAAGAAGCAUGAAAAGCGACGUCUGGAACUUGGAAAGACAGGGCCUGUAGCUGACAUGUCUAUGCUUGGGAAAGAUCAAUUAAAGAACAGUAAAGCGGUCGAAGUGGAGGAUAUUCGGGAUCAGAAGCUCUCCGUGGAAGAGGAUAAUGGUCUUCAUGAUAUGACGGAUCUGAAGAACGAGGACUUUGUCUAUGUUUACUAG